CACUCCUCCCGCCGAGGCGGCAGGCCAUUUUUAUUGAAAAUACUUCCGAGAUCUGAGCGCGCGCGGAUUUUUUGUUAACUUCCUGAAACAGUUUGUAACGACCACGUGAACUAAAAAUGGACUUUUAAUUUAAAUUAUACACAUGGAAUUAAUUGUUUUCAUAACUCCAAUACAGAAUUUUUAUCAGUAAAACUAACUUUAGUGCUUGAGUGUGUUUGAAACUUAAAAAUAUUAGUGCGCCCCGCGAACUAUUUUCUGUGUGGACUCGGGUGGAUUCGUCGCGAAAAGUGGCGGCGCUCGGUUAUCAUCGGCGGCGGACGCCGCGUAGAGGGCGUCCUUCCAACCCCGCCCGCGCGGGACAGAGACGGCCAACAUUGCUGACAUGGCGACACUGCCAAUGGAUUGAUGUUUUUCACGUGGAAAACGCAUCCCUUCCAAAUAGGUAUCUAUGCAAAGGUCCCCCGCGCCCGUCACACAAACUGCACUAAGCACUGUCAAACGUGAACAUUGAAAAUGGCUAUUUAAAACUAAACAUUAUCUAUUGUUGUUGAAGCUUUGUUGUGUUGUUCAUGGAACAAAAGAGAGAUACUUAUGUUUACAUCUUUGAAUAUUUGUUGGUUUAUUAGAUAUUAAGAUUGAACUGGUAAAUCAUAUCUUCCAAAGAAGGAAUAAAGAGCAAAAUGGCUACGCAAAGAUUUUGCCUUAGGUGGAAUAACCACCAGUCGAAUAUGCUGUCGGUUUUCGACCAGCUAUUACACGCCGAGACAUUCACAGAUGUGACUCUGGCCGUGGAUGGUCAGCUCUUGAAAGCACAUAAAAUGGUGCUUUCGGCAUGCAGCCCAUAUUUCCAAGCCUUGUUUGUCAAUCAUCAAGAAAAACAUCCUAUUGUUAUACUAAAGGACGUUCCGUACUCUGAUAUGAAAAGUUUGUUGGAUUUUAUGUACAGAGGAGAAGUGAGCGUCGACCAAGAAAGGCUUACGGCUUUCCUCAAAGUUGCUGAGAGCUUGAGAAUAAAGGGUCUGACCGAGGUGAACGAGGAGAAAUGUGAUAUUCCGGCACUAACUAAUUCGUUAAUUCAGCAACAGCAGACAAAUGCCUCCGCCCACACGCCUCCGCCGCAACUGCACAGAAUACAUCCGUACAUGCAUCAGAAGCGACCGGCGGCUGGAAUGCCAACAGGAGGGGCACCUCCUAAUUUACUAAUGCCAUUAUUAGGUAAUGCCUUAAUGCAGCCUAAAAGGAAGCGUGGUCGGCCCAGGAAACUUAGUGGAAGUUCAAGUGAUGCCUUAAAUACUGCGGCCAGUCCACCCGGAGAAUUUGUCCCGGAAGCAGCUUCACACGCCCCACCUAACAGAGGGGGAGAUCAGUUGAUUAGAGGUUCACCUGAAAUGUUAGAAGUAAAGAUGUCUAUGGACGGGUUCAGUGCUGAGGAUGGUGGAACUUCAGGAGGCGAGGAGACCGGUGAAGCACUUCUAAUCGACGAAGGAGACGACGCUCAGUCGACCGAAACUCCGACGGCCGGCAAAGACUCCGAGUCUGCAGAUCCUGAAAAAACAUCGAAAGAAGAAAUACAACAAAACGAUCCCACAAAUGGACCAAUGUUAUCUAUUGAGAAUGGAUCAAUAAAGCAAGAGCCCAAUAAUGACGCGAACGAUGGUUACAAUGAACCGAUCGAAUACAAAUAUAAUCCCGAGAGAAGCCGCGAAAAUUCCAAUUCUCAGGAUGGUCCCAUUAAAGAUUCCGAUGAAAAAUGUCGACUAAGCCGUAACUUAAAACCAAAGAAUAAUAAAAAACUACAACCCCAAAUGUCCAAAAUUAGAGCGAGAAACUUAUUUAAUCAGCUAUCGGGCUUAUCCAAUUUGAACCCCGCAUUAAACACAUUUGACAAAUUUCCUCCUGAAACUGUCUUGAUGCCAGCUCUUGCCACACAAUUGUUUGCGGCUGAAUUAGAACAAAACAACUUGAGCCUCUCAAACAAUGAUACGUCUGAUUUGUCGCAAACAAAUUGGGAACAUCGCAUUUUUCCUUCGCCAAUAAGGAAAAACAAUAUGGGUAGUAUCGGCAAUUACCACGAAGAAACGAACGAGUCCGUCAGGGACUAUUGUAUCAAAGAGGGGGAAAACGUUUUCCGAUGCAAAAUAUGUGCAAGGGUUUAUACACACAUCAGCAACUUUUGCCGACACUAUGUUACUUCACAUAAGAAAGAUGUUAAGGUGUUCCCGUGCCCUAUUUGUUUCAAAGAAUUCACGCGUAAGGACAACAUGAUUGCGCACUUGAAGAUCAUACAUAAAAAUCAGCCCAACGCAAACGAGCAAAUGGCGAAACAAGAGUCUUAAAUCAUAAACGGAGGGGGCUUAUCGUAAUUAUUAUAUGUCAUAGGAGUAAUAAGAUCUGACUAGUUUGAGUAGGGUUUUAUUCAUCCUAUUUCCUAACAUAAAUUCUUAAUAGUUCAUAUUUCGUAGUUUGCGAUUAAAUAAGGGUCGAGCUCUAGAUUUCCUGAUUAUAUCAAUAAGUUUGUUGAUAUUUUUAGCGACGAUUGUCGUUUGUUGUUAAUAUUUAUCUAUUUAUUAUUUAUGUUGUUCCGUUUGUUUCUCAGAGUGCUGUCUUAAAGAGAUUCAAAGAAUUUUCUAUGAUUUACUUGUUAUUUUGCACUUACUUGUUACUUAAUUUUAUACUUACAAAAUUUCAGGGUACAAAUUUAACUACUUCUUGUGAUCGUAUGUUCGAAAGAAACGUAAUUGAUCACAGUGUGUGUGCUGAAUAUAAUACGAAAUUCUAAUUGAACUGAAUUAGUUUAAGUUUAGUAGUUAUAAUUUUGGAUAUAACACAUCAAUGGCAUGGUCUCUAAAAUCUAUCGAAUCCGUAUUUCGAAGUAGGUUAUUCGUCUCGAUUUAAAAAAAAAAGUAUUCGUUCAAAGAGGCUAGACUAGACCUUACAAAGAAGACUAAAAUUAAUGCCAUUGUGAACGUUUUAGUUGUCAAUAUGCAUUUUCAUUUAACUUGCCUUGUUAGUGAUUUUAGUUAUAAAUAAUUUGACUUGUUCGAAGUGAAACUCAACGCAGGCUAUGAUUUUAUUUAUGUAGAUUUUGUUAAGAUUAAUUUUAAAUAGUUUAUCAAUGUUGAAAUAUUUGAUUUAAAUGUUAUGCAGCUCGAAUACGUAUAUUUAAAUAAAAUUAUCUACACAAAUAAAUCUAUAUGAUAUGUAAAAGAAAAUAGAUAAUAGAUCGUUCAACUAGCAUCAACAGCUAUAGCAUAGUUUCUGUGCACUUAGUUUCUCGACAAGAAGCAGAGCCCCAAACUUGUUGACUUCGAUUGUUCAAAUUCUAUUUAAAACUAUUUAUAUAAAAUAUUACUUAAAAUACAAUCAUAUAAAUAUAUAUAUAUAUAUAUAUAUAUAUCAUCAUACAGGUUAGGGUGCAAUAUCUUUACCUCCAUCGUUAUUUAGUGAUGAAAUAUAUUUGUCAAAGACAAUACCAUAACAUAGGGAUUUGGAGCAAAGUGGCAUAAUGCUAUCAGAUUCCAUUAAGACGAGUGGCGGUAUACGCGGUUUGAAAAUGGAGAAGGCCUACGUUUUGAUCGAUAGCAUUACAGUCUGUUUGAGAUAACUAAAAAAAUAUCCUUUUAAUUUUAGUAGAAAUCAGAUGCUAUUAGAUAUUUAUUACAUACAAUAUUAUAUUUAAAAAGUAUAUUUUUAAUCCAUACAACAUGGGAGUUGUUGUUGAAGUGAUCUUAGCAAGGUGCUUUGAAUGAACUCUAAAGUAAUGGAAUCAUGAGAUGAUUUGUAAGUUCUAUUUUAGUAGAAAUGAAAAUGCCUUAAAUAUUUAAAAUAUAAGGAGUGGUACUUAUAAAUUGUUUAAAUUAAAAUUAGAAGCAAAAGUAGUCUUCCAUAAAGGUGGCCACGAGUUUGGUUCGUAUUAAAGAGAAAGUUUAAAAUUGUUGGACAUUCAACAGAAAUGUGUUGAGUAAAGUUUUACGAUUCAUCUUCGAUGACACGUUAAUUCGUUGACCCUAGUACCAAAAUUCCAAUACCUAUGAUAAAAUGUAGGUCCAGGGAACGCUUGCCUAUUAGUGUGCCUUUUACUUGUAAAUGAUAAAUUAUAGUUCUCGACUACUAGACUAUUAAGAUAUUUCAAAUAAUAUAUUAUGUACUACUUAUUUAUUUUCAUUAUUCAACGUUUACAAUAUUGACUUGAAGCUUCCUUAGGAAUAUAUAAUAGGUACCCUUUUUAGAUCCAAGUACUUAGUUGAAAUUUAAAAAAGUAAAUUAUAUAAUUAUAUACAUAUGUAUAUUUAAGAAACAUCAUCUCAUGUUUCCCAUUUAGUUGGAAGUUAUGUUAAGAAAUUCAAAUACUUGGUAAUGUCGACGAAAUCAAAAUUUAUCUCGGGCGAAGAAAGUCUUUAAAAAUCAAUACAAAGACUGUUGAAAAUUCAUGAAAACGAAUUUAUUGUACCAACCUUUCAUAAUCUUUAUAAAGAAUUUAUCUUGAACAUAAAUAGGUACUUAAAAGGGACAAAUUUAUACUUAAUAAGAUGAGGCUACUGCGUUUCAAAAAAAAAAAUCACUUAAAUUAUUAUAGUCAAUUUAGCCAGUGCCUAAGCUUAAACCCGUUUCAUUAUUUUGUUUCGAUUAUUAAGUUUUAUUGAAGAGGAGAAGAUACUAAUAUUUAAAUUGUAACUUAAUUUAACCUAUGUUCAAUUUCUGUAUGCUGAGUGUACGGGGACCACCCAAGGAGCGUAACACAAAAAACGCCUUAGUAAAGUUAUGUAUUACCUACAUUUUGCAUUCCACAUAUAUCAUCAAAUUUGGAUAAAUAAAUUGAACGAUUAUUUAAAUAAAAAAUUCAUUGUGAAAAUAAUGUGUAAUGUAUUACGAUAAUCAAUUAAGGGUAGCGCGGAGUCAAUAGUCUCUUUCGAGCGCUAGUCUCUAAGUUCGCUGUACAUUACGGGUUAAGGAAAUGACAAUCAAAAAUAAAAUAAAAUUUAUUUAGCUGGAUUUUCAUGUAUUCCAUAGAAAAAAUGAAUGAAUGAACUCACGACCCUUGUUUUAAGUGGUUAUCUGACUCCAUAGACAUCACAAAAUGAAUGUCGCCACCCAAAUUACACAUGAGAUCUGCCUCGUAACAGAAGUAGGUAUGAGAGUGAUAAAAAAAUACGCAAAUUUAUAAAAUACUCAGUUUUUAUUUUUUGACACACGUUGUUAAACCUUCAUUCGGAGCGUUGUUCGUGAAUACGUGCUAAUACUGUAAAUAAUGUGUAGUAUUUCCUUGAAAUAAUUGGAAUACCGGCAUAGUUGCAUUGCUAGUAGUGAGUAUACCAGGCUUCUUAUCUUUUAGUUCACGAAGAUAUUAAGAAUAAAAAUGCAAAUUUAUUUUCUUUUCUAUUUAUACUAAGGCUGUAUAUUAUUUCGGCUUCAGGAGGUUCCCCUACUCUUUUGUGUACUUAAUAUUAUGAAAAAACAAAUUAUAAUAUUUUUAAGUUACGAAGUUAUAUUUGUCUUCUCAAUAUAAAGAAAAGAAACUUUUUAUUUUAUUUUUUAACGUUAUAUCAUUAAUUGGUGCUAAAUUAUACUUAAGAAAUGUCACAUUUGAUGCGACAUAAAAUGGAAUGUCCCUAAAAUAUAAAGAGUAUAAUAUAUAUAAAUAUAUAUAUAUUUAAUCAUAGAUAAAAUAUUAUUUGUUGAAAUUGUUGUUUUAAACAUGUCUUUAAUUAUGCCAAUACCGUAUGGAUUAAAAUUUUGGCGAUCACACAAACCUAUCUCUAUCAGAUUCAUAUAUGAAAAAUAAUAUAUUAAAUAAAUAGCUUUUAGUAAAUCACUUACACAGAGUUAAAGCGAUUGAAAUUGAAGAUUAUUUUAGAAUUAACAGUUUUAAUGAAGUUUUCAAUGGAUCUAUUCUAUGAAGUUGUUACUACAUAACGUUAUGUUUUAAAUAUCAAUAGAUACAGUAUAUUGACUUUAGAUCGGUUUCAAUGACACGAUUUUCAUUGAAUAUUAUUAAAAUUGUAUUUAGUAGCACAUUAUUCUCAAUUUAUUUAAAACCGAACUACCUUCUAGUUUACAUGCAGUUAAAAAUGUACAAAUAAUUUGUGUUUAAUUCAGAAAUUUUAGUCGGUUCUGAUAGCUGCAAACGUACACUGUGUAGCUACUUGGUGAUAAUUUUGAAAUUGACUCACAAUGUAAUAUUAUAGAAUUUGAAGCCAAAAAUACACGACUACCCUCUUUUAAUAAUCGUGGUGUUAAACCUAGUUGUGUUAAUGCGUGUUCUUCAAACGCGAUCGAAGAGACAAAACAUGGAAUUAGCUGAGAAUUGUGACACCGCGCUUAUUAACAACAGGCUUAUAUUUUAAGCGGAUAACUAUUGUUUUUUUCCGUUAAAUGCACAUAGCCGUUAUAGCAGUGCAAAAACGUAACGUUUAGAUUGUUUUAGUAAAUGGUACACAAAAAUAGAAUUAUUUGUUUGUAAAAGAAAUACCAUCGUAUAUACAAGUAAGGUGUUAAUUACUAUUUUUAGAAAAUUUAAAGAGAAAUAAUAAAAGUUACAUCAAAAAUUAUUCUAAAUUUUCAAUUAACGUUAUUCUUGUUUUGUUUCGAUUUGUUUGUUUUGUAAACCCUUUUUUUUAUUUCAUUGUAAUGACAAAGUCUUUAUUAUUACUAUUUAUUUGUGAUCUGUCCUCUCUGUUGAUCUUUUUAUUUAGUUCUUACUCUAAAUGACCAUUUUAUUAUUUGUUAUACUAUGUAAUAAUUUUAUUUUAAUUGGGAAAUAAGUCUACCGUUGGUAGACACCGAUAGAAGUCUUGCCACUUCGUUUUAAUUAGCAAGAUAACGGAGUUCUGCUCGAUGGCAGCUUAGUGAUUUAGUUGCAACGAUGACGAAGGAUUUCACUUAUGUUUCAUAUUUAUAUAUUAGUAGCAAAGUAACAACACGGGUAAAGUAAGUAAAGAAUAGAUUAAAUUUUAAGUUAUUUAUAAUAUUGUAGGUGUAUAAAUAGUGUUGUCAACAACUGAGUGAACUAGGAACAUUUAUAGUCACAACGAGAGGACUGAACAGGUAUGUUAUCCUACACUACUCUCACGUUUUAGAUGGUGUGGUUAGAGCUAGAUUAUGUUAAAACGCUUUCUAUGUUGCUCAAACUGACGCUCUGCAAUUAAGUAUUUUGAUUCAGUACAAAGUUUUACUUACAAUUUGUUUUUUUUUUGUUUUUUUUUCUUCGUGUUUCGCAAAUUAACGACGAGGCUAAUAACUGGUUCCUUUUAAAUUGAUUAGUUAGAUAUUUUGUGGGUACUUUUUUAUUUUGAAUUUCAAACGCGAUUCGUAUAUCGAAAUGGGCGUAUUAAAUAAUCGGCUCAUAUUAGCUGCGCUCGUUUUCAAUUAUUGCAGGUAAUCUUCUCACCCACCUCAUGUGACUUUAAGAGCGAAGUUAACAGAAGCGUUAUUUUUAUACUUAUGUACCUACUUACUGAACUUGCCGAAACAGUUCCAAAUACAAACACUUGAGUCCUAUUAUGUAAUAGUGAAAUCUUUUAAUUAUUUUUUUGUUAUUAUUUUUUAAUUUAUUUUUAAUUUAAAAAUUAAUUUUAGUUAUAGUUUAAGCAGUGUGUCUCUACCACAGAAGAGUUUACGAAAAGAAAAAUUCGCGGUUGCUUCGAUUUAUUUCUGUUUUAUUGGUAAAACGAUUUUAUUUAUAGGACUGAUUUUUUUUAUUAUACCUAUUAAAAAUAGUAUAAUAAUCUGUAGUAUGUACGUAUGCUCGAAAAUUGAUAUUAUUUCUUUUUUUUCCUAGUUAGAUAUUCUUUUAUUUUAGGUUGUUUCCUUGGAUAAUAUCUGGGUAGUAAUGCAACAAAAUUUGAAUCCGUCUUGGGUGUGCAAUAUUAAAAUUGUGAAUUGUUCUGAUUUACAAAACAAAUAUAUAUUUUAUUUACCUCUCCACUAAAAAGUUGCGUGCUAUCGAAGGUUUUAUCCAUAUCAUUUUAAUUUCUGUCAUUCAUUUUUAUUUUGUCAUAAAAAAUGGUGUAAUACUUAUUUCGUCAUUCGAUUUGAACAAAUAAAGUUUAAUAUAUUUUC